CAUUGAGCUGGGUUGAUGAUUGACAGUGCUAAAAUAGCAGCUGGCGCCGUGGUGUGCGUCGAAAGCGAGAUCAGAGGGGAUGUCACUAUUGGUGCCAGAACCGUGGUCCAUCCCAAAGCCCGCAUCAUUGCCGAGGCAGGACCCAUAGUCAUCGGAGAAGGCAACCUCAUCGAGGAACAAGCUCUUAUAAUCAACAGUUAUCCAGAGAACAUAGCGCCUGACUCUGAGGGAGUGGAGCCAAAGACGAUGACCAUCGGCAUCAACAACGUGUUUGAAGUUGGGUGUAUGUCUCAAGCUUUGAAAAUUGGGGACAACAAUGUCAUAGAAUCCAAAGCUGACUUGGGCAGGAACAUGAUUCUAACUUCUGGUUGUAUCAUCGGCGCCUGUUGCCAGGUCAACACCUGUGAGGUCAUACCUGAAAACACUGUCAUCUUUGGCUCGGGGUGUCAGAGACGUGUGCAGACAGAGCGACCACAGCCUCAGACUCUUCAGCUCGACUUCCUGAUGAAGAUCCUCCCCAACUACCACCACAUGAAGAAGACUGUCAAAACCACCUCCGCUGUCACGCCGGCCAAAAACUAAACCCCACCAGCUCCCGGGCCAAAAAAUGUACCUCUCUGGCAGACAGCGAACGAAGGAAUCUCUUACUACUCAAUAUGUACUGCCACUACUUUAACAAGAAUCUAAAGAAUGUCACUGAACUGUUCUCCUUGUCUCACCACACCGAGGUCCAGUUUCCCAGACCCAGCAGGAUUUAAAUAGUUUUGUCCAUGAUGAGGCGUGACCGGUGACUGGGAAACUGCCCCUUCGUAGUGGAAGUCCUAUAUGAUGAGGCGUGACCGGUGACUGGGAAACUGCCCCUUCGUAGUGGAAGUCCUAUAUGAUGAGGCGUGACCGGUGACUGGGAAACUGCCCUUCGUAGUGGAAGUCCUAUAUGAUGAGGCGUGACCGGUGACUGGGAAACUGCCCCUUCGUAGUGGAAGUCCUAUAUGAUGAGGCGUGACCGGUGACUGGGAAACUGCCCCUUCGUAGUGGAAGUCCUAUAUGAUGAGGCGUGACCGGUGACUGGGAAACUGCCCCUUCGUAGUGGAAGUCCUAUAUGAUGAGGCGUGACUGGGAAACUGCCCCUUCGUAGUGGAAGUCCUAUAUGAUGAGGCGUGACCGUUGACUGGGAAACCGCCCCUUCGUAGUGGAAGUCCUAUAUGAUGAGGCGUGACCGGUGACUGGGAAACUGCCCCUUCGUAGUGGAAGUCCUAUAUGAUGAGGCGUGACCGGUGACUGGGAAACUGCUCCUUCGUAGUGGAAGUCCUAUAUGAUGAGGCGUGACCGGGAAACUGCCCCUUCGUAGUGGAAGUCCUAUAUGAUGAGGCGUGACCGGUGACUGGGAAACUGCCCCUUCGUAGUGGAAGUCCUAUAUGAUGAGGCGUGACCUGUGACUGGGAAACUGCCCCUUCGUAGUGGAAGUCCUAUAUGAUGAGGCGUGACCGGUGACUGGGAAACUGCCCCUUCGUAGUGGAAGUCCUAUAUGAUGAG